AUGAAUACAGUAAUUAGACUGGCUUUAAGAAAAGAACAAUUCAGGCAGUUGGCUUAUUGUUGUCAUGUUGAGGGAUUGAUUCUGAGUUUUCAUUUUCUUUCCUUCUCGUUCGUUGUUGAUUUUUUCUUUCUUUUUUUCGUCCUGUCUUCUUUCUUUUUUUGUUUUGUUUCUACAUAUUUAUUGUCUACGUUUAUAGUGAUGCUUAUAAACAAGAACACGUUUCUUUCUUUUUAUAUAUCAGUCUUUGUUUUGCCUGCUUGUUUGUUCGAUUCUUUCUUUUUGUACCGAACUAUUUUCUUUCUUUUUUUCAAAUCCUUUGUUUGUUUGUUUGUUUGUAUGCUUCUUUCUUUCGUUCACUUUCUAUCUUUCUUUCAAUUUCUUUGUUUCUUUCUUUGUUCCUUUCUCUCAAUUUCUUUCUUUCUUUCUUUUUCCUUUCAAUUUCUUUCUGUUUCUUUCUUACAAUUUCUUUGUUUAUUUAUUUGUUUACUCAGGAAUUCAUUUUCUUUAUUUUUCAAUAAUUUUAUUCAUUCGCUUUCUUUCAUUUCACGAUUCCUCUCCGUCUGUCUUACUGUAUUUCUUUCUAUCUUUAUUCUCUCGCGUUCUUUCUUUCUUUCUUUCUUUCUUUCUUUCUUUCUUUCUUUCUUUUAUUUGUGUACUUUUCUUUAUCAUUUACUUGAUUUAUUAAAAUUUUUAUCAAUUCCUUUUUCUUUGCAUCCAUUUGUUUCUUUUGCUUUUCGUUCUUCGCAUUCAUUCAUUCGUUCGUUUAUUCAUUCGUUCGUUCGUUUAUUCAUUCAUAUUUUCUUUCGCAAACUCAAUUUAUUCUCGUUUUUUUUUAAAAAAAAAAACCCUAGUUACUCAUUCGUUUAUUCAUAUUUGUCCCACUUCUAA